GAACAAGAGGGCCGGUCUGUUGAGCGUUUCCGGAGGAGGCGGAUAAUAAUCCCAACCUUCCCAUUCCUAAUGCGAGCACGAAGGUAUUGCCUCCAACUCGCCUCAUAGGAAACCGCUUUUCGGAAUGCAAUUCAACUUAAGAUAUUGAAAUUCAUUGUUCGUUUGUCCUUGUCGAGAUGUACAUUAUUGUGCCUCGGUUUCUUUAUUGUGUGAAAUAGCAAAAAAAAACAAAAAAAGUAAUUCCAACCUCUCGUGUAUAAUGUGACAGCUGUCGCUGCGUAUGUGCCAUUUCCAUUUUUUGGGGGGAGAACUAUCACCUGUAUUCCGUUGAGGCUCCAUGGCGACAUUUUAUUUCGCUCUAGCGAUCACCGCGGCGGCGUUUUGGAGAGUCCAAGGUGAGCCCCGAACUCUGUCUUCCUCUCCCUCCUCGCCGUCGAACACGACCUCAUCAGCCGUCAACCUCCGCAAUGACAACAGCACCCAGGCGGCCAUCGGAUCCCCAACUUCGACCCUCAUGACGUAUCUGCCCACGCUCAAAGUCAUCGUGAUUUUCACCUGCGUGUUGACGGGCGCUCUUAUCACCUGCCUGCUCGCCAAAGUGGUCAGAUCUGGGAGGAGAAUCAGAAAAACCCGGAAGUACGACAUCAUCACGACGCCCGCUGAGCGAGUCGAGAUGGCCCCCCUCAACGACGACAAUGACGACGAGGACGACUCCACUCUAUUUGACGUCAAUUACAGGUAAAUUCACCACGGAGUAAUAUUUGACAACGUUGUUUCCCUCUGGAUCGACUCAUGUGACGUCUCGUGUUUUGUCUCCGACGACUCUUACCGGUGACUUGUUGAAUCGUUUCGCUGCACUUCACAGGGAAAGAACAUGUUGUUGUUGAUCUGCUUUUAUCAUACACACACUGAUACAAGCUUUGCCAUAUCUUUGAUCGAGAGCCGCUGAAAGCUAUACGCGAAACACUAUCAACAAUUUGUACACGCAUUUUUUACUUGACUUCCAUGCCAAAUAUGUCUACUAACCAGUCUUUUUGUGCACAUAAGGCUCACUGUUAUUAACUCAUUCAGUGCCAGCCCUCCCAGUUAACAUGGAUAUUUGACUUCUAAAGCAGUCAGUGGCACUGAAUGUGUUAAAGAUUGGCUAAGCCUAUAUAUUUUUUUUUAUUAUACUGUACAUGUGAUCUUUCUAAUUUACUGCUGUAGCUUACAUAUCUGAAUAAUAAAAUUGCUAUAUUUUGUACUGUAUAGCUGUUUAUGUAUGUCAAAUCUGUUAUUCAGCCAAUUUAGCGGUUAUAUAUUUUCAGGAAGUUAUGACCAUAUCAAGGCCCCGUGUCUUUAGUAUUUUGAGUUCAAACACUAAAAAUGUGAUUAAAUCAUUGCAAAGAGUGGUCGGUGUGUUAAGUGUAUGAAUUGAGAGGUAUAAACCAUAUUGUGUUCAAGCAAAUUCAUUCAAAUACAUGAAACUUUCAUAAUGGGUUUUUCCUCAUCUAUAUAAGACAGGUUUAAGGAACUUUUCACUUUAGAAAACAAGCUGUAAACACUGUAGUAUUGUUUGCCUAAUAGCAUAAUUGCCCAAGUUAUUUUUAACAAUAUCAAUAAAAAAUACGUAGGUACAUAGAAUAGAAAUGAUUUCUUCUUUAUGUCUGUGUGGAUUGUCAUUCAUCCAGGUCACGGUGAUCCGAAAAGGUUGAAUCGAGGCAAAUGGACAUUUCUUGUUUGUUGUUUAUUUAUUUAUAUAUAUAUAUAUAUAUUUAAGAAAACGUUCAAAUAUGACUUCGGCAACUAUACUAUUCAGCUAACAAUGUUUUCUUAAUCUGUAUAAGAAGUGAGUGAAAGCAAAAAUUAAAGUUUAAAAACAUAAUUCCCUUCUAAUUUGAUAUUUGCUUCAGUUUAGUGAACGUGUUCCCCAAAAUGUUUCUGAUUGAUUAUAAUGAUAAUUGAUUAAAAAAAAACAAAAAACGAAACAAUGUGAAACGCAGCUGCUUUCUUACUCUUUUGAAGUACAGACAUUCACAUGUCGGCUCUGAAAAUAUAAUUUUAAUAACUGACCUUAUAUUUUAUUCACAUUGACGCCAAACAGUUUUUGUCCUAUUAAGCUAUUUCUUUUCUUGAGAAGCUAUAGUUUUAUCAAAUUCAAAAUGCUUUAGUGGACAUUUAUUGUCUGUUUUUGAACAUACAAAUAGGAGUGCAGGGUUGAAUGUCUGACAAAGUUUAUAAAUGUUUUAUAUUGUGUUUACUGUUGAUGGGUUUUCAUACACAACCACUAUUCAUUCCAGUAUUGUGUCAUAGUCAAAUCUAUAUCUGAAUGUACAGUAAAUGUGAAGUGGAUUUGCUCAAUGAUGCCACGUUGUCUCUAAAACCGGGAGAGGGGAAAGAAAAACAAAAAAACCUGGUCAUCCAAUGAAUCUAUUCUGGGAUUUCAUCUGAACAGAAUCAUCUGCUACCUUUAAUACUUCUUGUAAAACAAUUUGUUAUGAUGUGAUCUUUUUGAAGAGUGUAGCAAAUUUCGUUAACCCUUUUAAUGGAGUUUUAAGGCAUCCCUGCUUGGUUUCCAAAAUAGGAUUUUGCAGUGUCGCCACAAUGGCCUCCUGUUUCCAGGUCUGUGAAAUAAAAACACCCUUUUAACUGUC